AUGUCGCCCUUGGAUCUUUGCUUCGGUGACAAGUACCGGAUCGACCAUCAAAUCGGCUCCGGCUCGUUCGGUGUCAUUUACAAGGGCACAAACAGCAUUUCCGGAGAGGAGAUCGCGACCGCGACCCAGCUCCGUAUCCCUUUUUGUGAGAACAAGAACAUGACGGGCCAUGUCCGUUAUGCUUCCCUUAACUCCCAUGAGGGUAUGGAGCAGUCCCGCCGUGACGACAUGGAGAGCCUAGGCUACGUCCUGCUCUACCUCUGCCGCGGCUCUCUUCCCUGGCAAGACCUUAAGCUUGAGACCGCCACAACGAAGAAAAUCAGGGAUAAAAUCAUAGACAAGAAGAAGACUACCCUGAUCGGGGACCUCUACCGCGGCCUCCCGAACGAGUUCGCCGUCUACCUCGACUACACGCGCUCACUCGGCUUCAAGGACAAGCCCAACUACGGCUUCCUGCGCAAGAUCUUCAGCGACCUGUUCGUUCGGGAGGGCUUCCAGUAUGACAACGAUUUUGACUGGGAUGUUCUCAAGCGCCUGAAAGAGAAAAACGACCAGGCUACCGCUCAUCCAGCAUUUCAUAUGAGUCCAUAUUCUGGCAUUGACUUACAGUUCAUCAAACAGAGCUUUGGACGUCAUGUUGAGGACUUGUGA